AGAUACUCGUAGUUUUGAUAUUAAUUGAAGUAGAUUCAAAAAAUCUCGAAGUUGGUGAGUGUAUAACAAUAAUAAUUGCUACUUCAAUACUUGAAGAAGUAGUAGGAAGUUCUAGAUACGCAAAAAUGAAUAAUCCGCCAUCACAUGCAGUGUUUUGGUUUGUCCAAGAGCUGACUUACAAAAUCGUAGCUGAAGAUGGAAUGCCGAGCGCUAGAUAUCACCUGGGGAAAAUAUUAUUUCGCAGUUUGAAAGAUGCUCCAGAUCACAUAUUGCAGAUAGACGGAGCGACUGAUGAGAAAGAUACAUUCAAAUCAGCACUCAAACGAUCUGUACAGUGCGCAACAGCCUUCAAAAAACUGGGGCUAAAUUACCAAGAUGUAAUAGUCAUAAUGGCACCGAACCACAUCAACCUAGUCAUACCAAUGUACGCUGCUUUGUUCCUCGGGAUUAAGGUUGCUGGAGUAGAUAUGACUUUAGGAGUUAAUGAGCUUCGUGAUACUUUCAAGUGUUGUGUCCCCAAAAUAGUGUUUUGUCAAGGUUCAAAGGCUCAAACCGUUCAACAGGCAUUAAAUUUGUUAAAUAUGUCCGCUCAAAUUAUAGCAUUUGAUGAAAACGAGGAUUGCUUAAGUUUUUUGAAGUUCCUGGACGUGUAUGGUGGCGAUACGACCACAGAAGACUUUAAACCAGCCGAGUUUGAUCCUGAAGAAACACAUGCCUUUUUAGUGACCACCAGCGGCUCUACCGGAUUUCCAAAAACAGCCAUACUGAAUCAUAAGAAUAUAAUGAUGAGCUUUCCAUUUAUAAUGACCGCCCAUACCAAAUUCCCAACACCAGUGAACCUGGCCUUAGUUGUAUCUCCCAUACAAUGGUUAUCAUCAACUUUUGUGUUUAUAAUGGGGCCUAUAUUGAGAUUCACGCGACUGCAAACGUCAUCUCCAACGACUCCAGAACACGUCUACUACUUGAUCAAUAAAUACAGGCCGGAUUUCACAAACAUGAGCCCAACGUUUUUGAGAACUUUGCUGAAACCUGGUUAUCGGGAAAAGUGUGAUUUCUCUUCUUUGCAGUACAUCUUAGUAGGUGGAAGUGUAGUAGCCAAAGAGCUCGUUGAAGAGGUGCAGAAGUUAAAUCCAAACCUGCAUAUAGGUAUAGUUUAUGGUUUGACGGAAGCGACAGGCACAGUUUUGGAUUCAUCUUAUGCUCCAACCGGUUCAGUUGGUAUGCCAAUGCCACAUUUACAGUAUAAACUUGUAGACCCUACAACUAAUGAAGUAAUAAAUAAACCAAACGUACCCGGGGAACUGCGGAUUAUUGGUCCAACUGUAUUUCAGGGUUAUAAUAAUAACCCUGAAAUGACAAAAGCGGCUUUCGAUGAAGAUGGAUGGUUCAAAUCUGGGGAUAUAUUAUAUAGAGAUGAAUAUCACAAUUACUAUUUCUAUGACCGCAUCAAAAUGCUACUCAAAUUUAAGAACCAUCAGGUUUCACCAGUGGAAAUAGAGUCCGUGAUAGUAAAACACCCGGGAGUGUUAGAUGUAGUCGUGACCGGUAUAGCCGACGCUGAGUGUGGGGAUUUGCCUGUCGCACUGGUUAUACUUCGAGACGGACACAAUGUCACAGCACAAGAAAUAAAGGAUUUAGUCAAAGAAUCACUAGCGGACUCGAAACAGUUAAGGGGUGGUGUGAUUUUCAUAAAAGAGUUUCCUACGACAUCAACAUCGAAGGUGGACAGGAUGAAAUUAAAAGAAUGGGCUAAAACUCUUAAGAGAGAAUGACUUUAUAAACUAGCAUCCAGUUCAAGUUAGAUUCGUCAUGGUUCCAUACGGUGUAAAUUAAUUGAUCCGGGAUAGACAGAGAUGCUACUAUACGGCCUCUAUGUAACCUGGCGGAUGUUACAUCCAAAAAAGUGGAGGCCACCAAACUUUAUUUUUUGCUAUUGUAUCGAGUGGGACAUCAAUUAAUGAAAGAGCGAAAACUUCAUAAAUAUAGUACAAUUUUAAAAUACACCGAAAAUGACAGAAAAACUAUUUUACUAUGUUAUCUAUUCUAUCGCUAUCUAGUUGGCGGAGUCGGGUUUUAGUGUUGUUUAACUUUACCUUUGUAUAAUAAAUUUAUCAAGUCUCAAAACCAGAGAAGGUCAUAACAACAAGUGACACUCUUCGCAUUGUAGAGUUUCUAAAAGCGCUAAAUAAAAUCACUCUCAGCUUUCUCGAUAGCAUAAAACUCCGAUAUACCUACCUAAGAGAAAAAUCUAAAACUUUCCUAUUUCCUUUCUGUUACCGUUUCCGUACCAUCCUAAAAC